CCUCGAUCUUGUUAGUAAUUUGAUUCACCUUGUCCUGCAGGCGCGAUGUUGGAGUGGAUCACUGGGCAGAACGAGCAGUUUGCAGACAACUCAAAGGUUUUGGAACCUCCUGAAACGCCUGCGCCUGUGUUCGCCAUUCGCGCUUUCAAGAGCGCCUUGUUUGGCACCCCCGGGGCUGAUGACGAGGAUCAGAUGGAGCGGGAACCAAAUCCGAAGAAUCUGACAGCCAAUCAGCCGUCCCGCGCGAACCUGUUGCUGAAGCCCACUACUGGGAACACGAGCGAUGCUCCGAUAGCCACGAAAGCCGACGUCGACAUGGCUGUGAAUGCAAUGGCCUCCCCCACUAAGAGCAUCCUUGUCACCCCUGGCACUGCAUCAAACCGACGUAAGACGGUUUCAUUCGGCGACGGCGUUGUCGACAAUGAGCGCAAGCGAGGAGAAUCACCUAACAAGUCAUCAAGAACUCCAUUGACUAGCCAGUGGUCUAUCAAUUCUUCAGAUGGGAAGGCCAAACCGCGGAGCAAGUUAACACAGGCACUCAUGGACUCGCGCGAGAAGUCUCCCAAGGAGUCGGAGACCUCACAAAACCUCCAGUCUACCGAAUCGAAGCCGGCGGUACAGUCGAUAUCGUCAACGGAAGAUGAUCCCGGCGACGACACUAUCAACCUGAACGAACCCCGCUCUCAGUCUGGUAAAUACUGGAAAGCGGAGUUUGAUAGCUAUAGAAACAAAACCACUCAAGAAAUAAGGAAGCUUAUUCAGUAUCGCUCCGCCGCGAAAGCAUACGCCAGGAAGAAAGAUGAAGAAGCCUUACGGUUAGCCGAGAAACUCAAGGAGGAGGAAGUGAAGGUUUCUGAGAUGGAACGUCACGUUACUCAACUCGCGUCGACAAUGGUUGGAGAGAAUUCGAAAGCGGACAAGGAGCAGUUGGUGCAGGAACUCACCAAGCAAACAGCGCUGGCUUUGCAGUACAAACACCGAGUUGGCCUAUUGCGCAAACUCCUAGAGCAACACGGCGUUGUUAAUAAUGACGUAGAGAAUGUCGCAGGAUCUUCCGAGACCCCGAAUGACACUUCUGGGAACACAGCCCAAGAGCUCCAUAAGGCCCAGCAGGCACUGGGCGAGGCAAACGCCAAGCUGGAGGAGAUGAAACGUGAACAAUCGGAGUUUACCAAGCUCAAGGACUUGGCCCAAAGCUCGGAACAGAAGGCUUCGAACCUCGAGAAGGAGAAUGCGACACUGAAACAAACCCUAGCCCGCGUUAAACAAGAAAUGACCAAGUACGAAGGACGACGCAAGGAAAAGGAAGCAAAACUGAAGCAGAGAGAAGCCAAAUUAGAAUUACGUGUCCAGGAAUACAGAGAACGUCUGAAAUCAACGUCGCAACAGCAUCGCGAGCAGGAAGAAGGUCUCAGGGAGUCGUUCAACGAGGAGCGCCGCCGCAUGCAGGACCAGAUUGACCUCCUGAAGUUGAAGUUGACCACUUUUGAGCGCCUUCCUGAACUCCGAUCGCGGACUCGUCACUCAGACAAGGGCUAUACUGGAGUCCAAGUGUAUGAUUUCGGACACGACAGCCCUCUGAAGGAGCAAAACGAUGAGACCCAGGACAUCGACGAACCUCCCAGCCCAAGCCCACGCGCAAAGGAUCGGCGCUCGCACACCACAAGAACGGUAUUAGGCGAGCUAGACGUUAAGCGGGCGUCAAAAGCCCUAGGCCUGGAAACGGAGGAUCACAGUGAGCAAUUGGCAUACUUAGAUGAUACACCCCAUAAACCAAAGGAAACCCAUCUUCUGGAAGGCGAUGGUAUCCCGCCUUCAUCGCCCCCCGAUUACCCAUCACUCGAACCUCCCACCCGCCGCACCUCUAGACAGAGAUACAACUCAGAGAGCUACCGCACAUACAUCCCAACCCAUUCAACCAUAACAUCCCUCGCCCAUCACCUCGCGACCCGCGAGGACAGCAAACAAAUCCGCACCGAACGACUGCGAGCCCGCCGCUCCCCCUCAAAAUACAGUCUAGACGCCAUAACAGGUCUGCCGGAAACCUACCACCUCGCAGAUCGAACCAGAAGGCGACAAAGCCUCGCGUCCGUCCAACGGGACUCCAUCCCCGUCGAUCGAAUGCUAGCUGCUCAAGCGCGCCUCAGGCGCAAACAAGACAGCCGCAAGAUACGACAAGAGGGGAAAGAAAACAUGAUCCGGGCUUAA